UAAUGGCGGAUCGUUGUUCCCCCUUCCAUAUUUUGUAACACACCCCGCAUGUUUGUGUCACAUCCCUGUAUUUCUAAGUCCGUAUCAUUAACAUAAAAUUAGUUUUUAAAGAUCGGGAACAAUGAAAAUCUAAAUUAUGAAUAGUUUUUAUAGAAAGUUAUGCGAUAAUAUUAAAAGUAUUGUACUGAUACAUUCGGAAAUGAGUGAAUUGUAAAAAAUCAAUAUUCGUUCAUUCAUGCUGAUUCCUAAAUAAGUUUUUUAAUCGUCAUUAAAUUGAAUCCAAAUAAAAACUCAUGUUAAGUUUGAGUGUUAUUAGAAAUAAUGUGUUAAAAACAAUGUGGUUGAUAAAUUGGAUGAUAAUCAUGGAUUAGUAGAUGAAACAUUAUGCAGACUUCUUUGAAGAUUGAUAAAUAUAAAUAAAAUAAUAAUAAUAAUAAUAUUACUGAAAUUUCGUCAAAAUGAAAAAAUUAUGGGCUUACAUUUUAUUUGAAGUAUGGAUGUCUUAUUUGAUGACAGCCGGACUUUUAGUGUUUACCAGUGGUUUUCUUCUUAAUCGAGUAUCUAGACCAGAACGAGCAGAAUGCAAGUCUUGCACAGCAUCUGAAGAUUGUAAUAUAAAUAAUAUAUUUAAAGAUACGCGGCAUGCUGCUACAAUUUGUUUAGAACCUAAAGCUAGAGUCGUGCUCCUUGUAGUCGAUGCCUUAAAAUAUGAAUUUGCUACUUGGUAUAACGACAAUGCUUCAAUGACAUCCUAUCAUCGUAAUAAAUUACCAAUAAUUCAUGAACUUUUAGAAAAAAAGCCUUUGUAUUCUCGUUUGUAUAAAUUCAUAGCAGAUCCACCAACAACAACGAUGCAACGUCUUCAAGGUCUGACUGCAGGAUCUUUACCAACAUUCAUAGAUAUUAGUUCAAAUUUUGCUUCAGGAACUAUUGGCGAGGACAAUCUCAUUGAACAAACUGUUAAUAAGGGUGUUGUUUUUAUGGGUGAUGAUACUUGGAUUAAUUUAUUUCCAAACAAAUUUAAACGUCAGUUUCCUUCUCCGUCAUUUAACGUAUGGGAUCUUGAUACUGUUGAUCGUGAAGUCAGAUAUAGAAUUUUCUUUGAAAUGAAAAAGAAUGAUUGGUCAUUACUUGUAGCACAUAUUCUUGGAGUUGAUCAUUGUGGACAUAAACAUGGUUCACAGCAUCCUGAGAUGACUAGAAAAUUAAAUGAUACUAAUAAUCUUAUUAAAGAGAUUAUUGAUUUUCUUGAUAAGGAUACAAUAUUAUUUGUCAUUGGUGAUCAUGGUAUGACAGAGAGUGGAGAUCAUGGUGGAGAUAGUCCUAAUGAGACGGAAGCUGCCAUGUUUGUAUAUUCAACUAUUCCUCUUUUGCAUCAGGAUUUAAUUAAAAAAACUGAAAGUGUAAAUCAGAUUGAUCUUGUUCCAACAUUGGCAUCAAUUCUUGGAAUACCUGUACCAUUUUCUAAUUUAGGAUCUCUAAUAUUAGACUCUUUACCAGGGAAUCAAAAUUCACAAAAUUAUUCAUUAGAUCAAUUAUCGUAUCCAUUGCACAGUCUUUGGAGAAAUAUUGUUCAAACCAAAAAUUAUAUAGAUGUUUACGCAGCUGAUACAAAAUCAUUUACUAAAGUUCAAUUGCAAAGGUUAGAAGAUAUGUUUACAUUUCUAUCCAGUCAAGUUGAUAGUAUAAAUAAUUUAGAUGAAUUUAAACAUUUUGUAGAAAAUUCUAAACAUUAUUUUAAAGAACUUAAAGACAUAUGUUCAGAAGUUUGGGUACAAUUUGAUUCUAAAUUAAUGUCGAAAGGAUUAAUUUUAAUGUUUUGUACUUUAUUCUUUUUCUAUUUGAUUAUAAAUGGUAUUCCUGAGAAUCGUAUGUCUACAAUAUUGGAUUCUUCAUUUUUAAAUUGGUCAAUGUUAAUAAAUUUAACAACUGUUAUGAUAGUUAUCUCCUUGUUCUAUUUUGAUAUUAUUACAGAUUUAAAAAACACUAUAUUUGUUGCCACUGGUGCAAUUUCCAUUUUACUUUUACUUGCUAUAAUUAUUCCAAAUUGGGAUGUCAUUUCUAUGAAUUUUUAUAAUUACAGUAAAUUUAAUGUAUUAACUUUUUUAAGUAAAAUAAUAUUCAUAUUAACUUUCUGUGGCUUAUUUUCUAAUAGUUAUAUCGUUGAAGAGAAUAACGUAUUAUCUUUUCUAUUAGUUACAUUAAUUUGCUUACUUGUUUAUAAUGUAAGAAACAAAAAUGAAAGAAGAAUAAAAACAUUUUCCAAACAAUCGGACAAAUCAAAUUCAAAUACGAUUGUAAUCAUUAUUGUAUUCUUAGCUUGUGUUUCAAUCAGAUUAUCAUAUUAUUUUUGGCAAUGUCGUGAAGAACAUCAAAAUCGUGUUUGUUCGAUGUCUGCCAGUAAUAAAAUUGGUUCUUUCAUACCACAAAAUGUAGAACGUAGUUUAUUAGUGAUCACUUUAUUUGUACUUGCAUCGUACAUUACAAUUGUCAGAAUUUGGCUAAGAAAUUGUGGAAAUUUGACAGGCUUUUCGCUUAGCAUUAUUGUAGGUCAAUAUUGUCCAGUGAUUAGUGGUGUUUGCAUCGGAUGUUAUUGGGUUUUACAAAGACUUCCAAAAUUAUCUAAAAUGAAAUUAUCUCUUUCUUGGCAAAUGAAUGCAUUACCAAACAUGGUGUAUGCGAUAUGUUUGUUCUCUAUAUUUAUCCUCUAUUAUCGGCCACUUAAUGUAUAUUUAUUACCAAAGAAAAAAGAAUCAAUAAAUAUUUAUCAAAGGGAAAAUAUAAUUCCCCAAUUGUUUGAAAAGAUAAAGGAAUCGGUAUGCCAAAAGGAAACGAAUAUCGACGAAACUCCAGUUGUUUAUGGUUUGGGUACAGUGUACAGUGCUGCAUUUAUUUCACUGAACACUUUUCUUACACUGUUAUAUUCAUUAUUGUUAGGUGAUAUGUUAUCUCCUAGUACCUUUUUAAUGUUUAUCACAUGUAUCUCAGUUUUGAGUUUAUCUGCUUUGGAGAGGUAUAACCAUGCAACCAGUGCCUCUGAUCUUGUCAAUGUACCUACCUCAACAAUUCUUUGCUGGUUUCUGAUAGUUGAAUACUUCUUUUAUGGAACUGGUCAUCAAGCAGCAUUUCCUAAAAUUCAAUGGGAUGCUGCUUUUGUGGGAACAGGUGGCCAUUUUCAUGGAAAUUUACUACCAGCAAUUCUUAUUGGGAUCAAUACGUUUGGAUCACACAUUAUAUUGGGAGCAAUGUUACCUCUAUUAGUGAUUGUUCCAUUUACGCUAUACCUCAUAUUCCCAAACUUGUGUAAAAAUAAAUUUUGUGAAGAUAACAUGAAAAGAGGUGAACUUGUAUUAUAUGAACAAGAAUCUAUUUUCCAUGGGGCUUUAUUUUCUGCCUCAGGAAAGUAUAUAAUGUUUCAUGGAAUCAGAACUUUUGCUUCCAUGCUUUCUGCAACCAUUCACUGCCGACAUUUAAUGGUUUGGAAAAUUUUUGCACCAAAGUUAAUAUUUCAAGGUUUAGGAUUUUUAGUAACCUUAUGCAGUGUAUUGGCAUCACUUUACAUGGUAUUAAGAAUUGAUCGACAAGUUGAACGAUUAAUAAAUCGCAUCAUAAAACAUAGGUGAUAAUAUUUGAAGAAGAUAUUGUACAAUUUGAUAAUAAAAGGUUCAGAAGUUUGUCUUUCUAUGCAAACUGAUCAAAUUUGAGCAUAUGAGGAGACAAUAAAUUACAAAUUGUCGAAAUUUCUGAAGGAAGGUAUACCUUCAUAGCUUUGUACAAUAAAAAGUACUAUAUAGUUCAAACAUAUACAUAUAUAUAUAUAAUAAACAUUGUUGAAAAUUGUAUAUACCUGCCAGAGAGUGAGAAGUAUAUUACUAAGUAUUAAAUAUUAACAAGGUAUAGGUUUUGUAUUUAAAAAUUUGACUUACUGACAAUUAUUGAUAAUUCUCAAUAAUCUAACUUACUUUGAAUGCAUAAUAAAUUGAAGUUUCUCUUCUAAUGUAUAUGUUAAGAAUAGAAAAAGAAGAAAAUAUUCAAAUAAGCAAAUAAUUUGGAUUAUAUGUAUAUUAUUGAACUUUGAUAUAGCGAUACUAGAUCGGGGUAGUUAAUG